AUGGCGCCGUUGCCCUUUCCAGAACCGCGGUUUAGAUCUCCUCCCCCUCCUGCUUCAGUCAAGUCGGCAGCUUCUGCAGCGAUCCAUCAAUUGGGUCGUUUCCGAGUUCUCGUAUACAUCCUACUUGGCACAUCCGCCGCGUUCAGUUUCGGAUUUCUGAUCUGGAAGCUUGGAUCGUUGUUUCGCCAGUUUACAUUGGGAAGAAUCCUCAGAGAACGAAAGCCGGUCGAAACGCGAUAUAUCAAAACAUGGUAUGGCUGGGUUCCACAAGAUCGAUACGACACCAAGAAGCUGAAGUGGAUGGGUCUAUAUUCGAACUUCAAGGACUGGUUUUCGUGGGAUGAUAAGGAUGACUACAGCAAGCUAUGGUGGGAUUCGGAUCACGGAGGAGAUCAGAUCCGUCGCAGAAGUAGACCUGGUUCAUUGCGAUCACGGUUGAGGCGAACUUCGUUAGUAAAUCGGAAGUCAGGUCGGAUUGUUGUCAAUCGUGUCACUACGCAACAAGAAAUGCCGCGAGCUCCCAGUGCCGUCAACACCUAUCAUUUAUCACAUCGGCCUUCAUCCGCAUACCUCACAUACCCCCUUUGCUUGAAACCUAACAAUCAGGUACUAAGUGUCGAUCAUAAUUCUGGUUUCCCUAUCCCAAGAGUCGCUAGCGUUCUGCAGAGAGGAUUCAGAGAACAUACUUCCUUUAGAUAUCAGGUAUCAAAGGGAGAUUCUCUCACUCGUUCUAUGGUCCGCAAGACUCGGCAAUUGAACCAUCUCCGAAUAUGGGCGACACGAUUAGAAUUGGGCAGUCUGCAAUCAAUUCUCCCACAUCAAUCGGGAACCUUGGGACGACCAGGAAGUCCGUUGAUUAUAAUGCACAGCAACAGCGACUCCAGUCAGCAGAUAGACCUAGGAAAAAUAUCGUUCCCUCGAAUAGCGUCAUUUUCUGAAAUCGUUAUUGAUGAGAACGACAUCCCCAGAAAGGUGCAACCCGUCCACUCUAAUCCGUCGAAUCCCCCAGGCAACUUGCUGCCGAACUCCAAACAGAUUGACCUUGACCAAGUCGCGGUUUCCGAAGCUCGCGCAGAAAAAGAGUCCAAGAUCGAAGAUGUCGAAUGGCGCUUUGUAGACACACUGUAUAGACACCUUGAGUGGGUAGAUAAUGAGUGUCGGCCUGGCCAACGUGGCUUCAAGUUUCCCAUACUACCAAAAAACUGGGCCAACAAUGGGAAAUGGCUCGUUUACACCAAUCCCUGCGGUGCGUCAGUUGAAUACAUGCGACGGUACGCACAAUGUGAUUUUGGGGCAGGCUAUCUUGAGGAAAUUGAUCGUCAGAAAGGGUUGGCCAUAGUACACCGAAAGAGAUUGCGCGCCGAAUCAAUUGAGACUUGGAGAGCUGCUAUCAAUAAAGCACGCGGACAACACGGUAUGGCAAGAGUGCGUUCAGCUGAGAUAUUCACAAGUUCGACAGAAGAUACUCCCGACGCAGUCAUUGACCCAGCAAACUGGAUGCUUCGACGACCACCGCAAGGAUUCGAAAUGCCAAGCAGGCAGAAAACGGCGUAUUGGUAUGGUGGUAUUGGUGAAUGGGCGAAACUCGAGGAAUGGCAGGUGGUUGGUAAACUCAAUGAUGACCCCGCUGACGCAUGGAAGAAACGAAUGGAUGUUUUUGCAAGUUCACAAGAGGCUCAGAGAGAGUUUUUGCGCAACCAUGCCGAGGUCGUUUGUUCAUGA